AUGAAUGAAGGGAAUUGGCGACAUCAAGAUAGCUGGAAAAAUGAAAACGAUGGACCGAUUCCACCACAAGGUUAGUUUUUUUUUAAAAUAACACCUAGAAAAUAAUAUUUAUAAAAAACGAUAUUGUUUAGAUGCAGAAUUGCGGGAGUCUAUUGAGAGAACUGCAAUGGCAUGUGCAAAAAAUGGACCACAAUUUGAAAGUAUGAUGAGAGAAAAACAACGAAAUAAUCCGAAAUUUGCAUUUAUGAUGAAAGAUGGUCAUUAUUUCGAUUAUUAUCAAUUUGUUCUAAGACAGAAUAUACAAAAUCUACAUGGUUCUGGUCCUCCACCAAAUUUAUUACCUCCAUCUACGUCGAAUUUCGCACCUCCACGACAAACAAUUCCAUCUUUGAUGGAUAUAGAUUCACCAGAAAUUUCGGAAAUAAAAACACAAAUUCAAGAACUAAAUCAGAAAAUAUCAGACAGCGAAAAUAAUUUGAAAGCUCACGAAGAUGGAUUAGAAACUAUUCUACAGGUAAAAAAUAUUCAAGAUUUCGAGCAUUUUCCAUCUAUAUUUAUUUUCAGAGUCAUUUCUUGGCUACUGUGAGAUCUGCAGAAACAGAAAAAAUCGAGAAACUAUUGCGAGUGCAGAAUUUCGAUCGUCAUGAAUUAUCUUCGCUAGUUGAACAUAUGUCAAAUCCAAAAUGUUCGAAAGAUUCAAUUUCGGUUAGAGAAUAUUUAGAUUUUUUAUUGAAAAAGAUAAAAUGAUGAGAAAAUUUUGCAGAACACUAAAAAAUGGAUUUUCGAAAAUUGCACCACCGAUCAAUUGCGAGAAAUUAUUCUGACAUAUUUAUUGAACACUGUGAAAAGUCUGGAAUCUAGUGAAUAUAUGCGAUUACAUAUUCUUUAUCUCAUCAACGAUUGGGCUUUUCAUUGGUUGGUAAAUAUUUAUUUUGAUUUAUUUCAAUUUUUCUGAAUUUUUUAGUCAACGAAAAAAAGAGGAUAAUCAAAUGAAAAUGCUGGCGAGAUAUGUCCCAAAAAUGUAUGCAUAUUGUUGGGAACUAUCAAAUUCCAGUGAUAUGCGUGAAAAGUUGGAAGGAAAAUUGUUGGGCGAAUGGGAGGGUCGCGGGUAUUUUCCGGUGACUGUUUUCAAACAACUCAGGAACACGGGGCAAAUUGUGCAAUCGGAUCGAGAUAUUGAAUUGGCAUCGUAUGGAAGUGUUAAGGAAUCGAUUAGAACGAAUUUGAUGGCAACGUAUGCGGGGUAUGAACAACAGCAUUUGUCGUAUUCGCAACAUAUUCGGAAACAGAUUGAGGAACUUCAGAAAAAAAUUGAAGGUGAAUACAUAAUUUGUAGUCACUUCACAACAUUUUUCAAAGCCACUCUUCACAUUUUUAAUCGAAAAAGUGUGGUUUUCAUUGAUUUUCAGCAAUUUUUUUAUAGAAAAUUCCACUUUACUAUUUUUUUUCAAAAUCCUGUGGUCUCAGUUGCGAGGACACAAAAAAUUAUCGAUUUAUUUUUUCGGAAAAAAACGUGACCUUGAUUUUUGUUCGACGUGUCAUUAUUUUUCAUUUCGUGAAAAAACCAUUUUGUGUUUUUUCUUCCUAAUUUGUUGGUUUUCAGAAUUAAAAUACGGACCUUCGACAUCUCAAAUCAAUCUUCCUCCAGCUAUUGCAAGUUCCAGAAGAUCAAGAUUUGAUCAAACUCCGCAAGAACGACAAACUGCAAGGAAUCAGUGGAAACAAGGUUUGUCCUCAUUAUUUUUGAGGAAAUUUCAUCUAAAUUUACUUUUUUCCAGAUUCUCAUGAAAAGCCCAGUAUAGAUGGAGAUGAUAUUGAUGGAACACCAUUUGAUGAAACUACACUGAAACCUAAAAAAUCCUAUAUGGCACUUCCGGCUGGAAUAAUGGUUCCUCUUGUGCCAAUCAAUGAGUUUGGUGUGAGUCUGAGAAGUUAUGAUACAUUCUGAAAUGUGUUUUUCAGUAUAAACCGAUUGAUCCAACGAAACUUGAGAUGCCUCCACAAGUACCGCCAUCACAAUCACUUUUAGCUGCAAAAGAUGCAUUUUAUAAAUGUUUGAAUUUGGAUUCGAUUGUGAAUAUUGAAGGAGGGUAGGUUUUUGUUUUCAAAAUUUUUUCGAAUCCCAAUAAUAUAAUUUCAGAUCAGAUGAUUGGGAUAUUCAAAAUUAUCCGACAGAAUUUCUUGAUCGAAAAGCUGCGCUGAAAAAAAUUCAUUUGGCACAAUUAAAAGCGGAAAAUGUUGAUUAUGAAGAUACGAUUCUAAAUAAACCGACGAAGGUGGAAGAAGAAAUAAUGGAGAAGGAAAAACGAGAAAAAUGGACGAAAAUGAUUGAUUCGAUCAAUCAAAAAGUGGAAGAAUAUUAUGCUGAUCAACCGAUUGAAGAAGAAAAUUAUAGAAAUGAGAAGAGACAAAGUCGAAGUCCAACAAGAAGUAGAUCGAGAAGUUCGGAAAGUCGAAGUUCUAGCAGUGAUAGUAGUGGAAGUAGUGAUAAUGAAAGAAGAUCAAGUCGCAGAAAACAAUCGAGGAGUAGAAGUAGAACACCGCCAAGAACAAAGUUCAAUCGAUCGCCAUCUCCAGAAACGUGAGUUCAGGAAUUUUUUUUUGGAUUUUUAGCAUAUGUUUUUCAGACAUGUAUCUUUUGGCUCAUCAAGUUUCCGUGCUCCAAAUGCUCCAUUAUCAUAUGACAACAAAGGUGCACAACUUAUGGCGAAAAUGGGUUGGAGUGGCAGAGGAUUAGGAGCUAAUGAAUCAGUAAGGUUUUAGUUUAAUUAAUAAAUUUCAAAUAGAUUUUUAGGGUAUUGUUGAGCCGGUUGAAGGUGGUGAAGUUCGAGACAGAACAGAUCAAUUUAAAGGAUUGGGAAAAUCAAAUGAUGCUUAUGAACAAUUCAGAAAACAACGUUCUGGAAGUUAUCACGAACGUGGAUCAAUGUUUCGAAAAGGAUUUUGA